AUGGAAGACAAAGCACAUCUGUCCGGCGUCAAAGACGAGGGAAGCGGCAGCUGUCCCAAAGAUGGCGACGCUCGCAAAACGUUUGUCGUCUUUAUCGGCCAAGCGACAGAGAAGGAGGUUUUGGAAGCUCUUCAAAGAGCAACUCGAGAGGCAGAUUUUACCAACUGGCUUUCAUCGCUGCUCGUCGAGAUGGUCCACCUGCUGCUCCGCGCAACGGCGUUUAAAACUUUGGACAAGGGUUUGAGCGACCACGGCGUUUUGCCGAAGGUACGAAUCUUCAAGCGUGCAGCAGAAGAACCACGUUUACUGGAAACAGGCCAGCAAGCUGUGGUUGGAGAGGAAUUCAGUACUGCCCUGCGCUCUUCACUGGUGAAACACUUACACUUUUUCAUACAGGUGGUGCUGGUUGCAGCUUGGCAUCAACUUCCAGUCAAACAGGGCACUUUCCAGUUAGAAGGCUAUCGGCCACUCUGCCACCAAGACCUUCCACCUGCUAGCCAAAGAGUGUCCAGCCAAUCUGCUGUUGUCCGAGACCAAAGUUUCCAGUGGAAGGCAGAGGUGACAAAUCAUGGUCCAGAAAGUGAAAAAGCCAGCCACGGGUGCUUCUACUCUGUGAGCUCAUUCACCUGCGGUGGAGUAGAAGCACCUAGAGCUCAAGCCAAACUGUGGCAGGUUGAAGAUGAGUUCUCUGCUGUGGAAGCCAGAGCAAACAUUAUCUCAAGGCAACCUGAGAAGCAGCAAAGAACUGGUCAUGCGGCUCGCAACACUUGGUGCCAUGAACUCUUUUGCACUGGUAAGGGUAAUGGCUUUUUCUGCACGAAAUGUGGACUUUGCUUUUAACUUACAAAUCUCUUUUUGUCGUAGGUUAAGACACUCGCCACUCGUCCAACUGGCCGACCACUUCACCACUUGUCAACGAGCAGACUGCCAUCCAACUUGAAAUUCUUGUGAUUGAAUGUUUACUCUGCAAAAUAAAGUUUGAUUACAAAGAACA